AAAUUAAGCACAAAAAUUGUGCAGUCAAACGUAUAGGAGAAUUUUAAAAUUAUAAAAAACGCAAAAUAUUCAGUUAAAAAUCAAACGUUGAAACACGAAGACGAAUUUAGAAAUAAAACGCUUUUGAAAAAAAGCAGAAAAAAAAACAAAUUUUGAGUGAAAAUUUUGCCAAGAAAAAAAAAGAGUGUGGGGAAAUAAUGAAAGGAUUUAAGUUGUUAUUGUUGGUGAUAAUGGCCAUUAAGGCCAUUAAAAUGGAAACAGAUUUGGAUACAAAUGAGGAAAACUAUUAUGAUUAUGAUGAAAAGGAGAAAGUGACGGAAACGACAACUACUACCACUACUACUGAAGUUAAAAUGGCGGAAGUGGAAGAGGAAAAAAAGCGUUUUAGCAUACAGGUGGAAUUGUAUUCGGAUGAUGAGAGAUGUAGUGAUAUAGGUGUUUGUUCCGGCAUGUAUUAUGGCAAUAGAGAGAUAUUGGUGACAUUCAAUCGCAAAUAUGAAAUACGUUUUACCACAGAUACCACCUAUAGAAUCAAGGAAGAAAAGAAAUAUUUCACUUUAACAUUUAUCAACUCAAAAUUUAGCAAUUUUCCUUUAAAUCUCUUCUAUACCUUUAAUAUACAAGAGCUGGAUUUUAGAAAUUGUUCUUUAGAAUCUUUAACAUGGGAUAGUUUUCUAAAGUCAGAGAAUUUGAGUAUUCUAUUAUUAUCCGAGAAUCUUUUAAGUGAAAUCAAACCCGAGUUAUUUACCUUGGCAGAGAAUUUAUCGUUUUUAUUUUUGGAUUCGAAUCGUUUGAGUGUCUUGCAUAAGGACAGCUUUAAAGGUUUAACAAAACUUAACUAUUUGGAUUUACAUCAUAAUCUUUUAGAAACUUUACCCGUGGACAUAUUCUCUCCUCUAACAUCUAUACAACAAAUAAAUUUAGCGGAAAAUCGAUUAAAAAUUAUUACAAAUUCACUUUUUGCCAAUAAUCCGCGUUUGUUUAGUAUACAUCUGCAGCAGAAUGCUUUAAGUGAAAUACAAGAUGUUGCUUUUCAAGAGCAGUUGGUUUUAAAAUAUUUAGAUAUUUCCCAUAAUCCACAAUUGGAGGUACUAGUUGUGGGCAAUAUAAGAGUGGAAAAUCUUUGGGCUAAAAAUUGUUCCAUUAAUCGCGUCAAUAUUUAUGGUGAGGCAGUGCAUGUGGAUUUUCAGCAAAAUUCCAUUAAAGAAUUGUAUUUCAGUAAUCCCGAAUAUUUGGAAACUUUACGUUUAAAAGAUAAUGCCUUAGAGCAAAUCUCUUCUUUGGCACAAACUCUUAAUCUCAGAUAUUUAGAUCUUUCCAAUAAUCCCCAACUAAUCACCUUACCCAAUGUUUGGCAAAUUAAUUCACUUGAAAGAUUAGAUCUAAGCAAUACCUCUCUCAAAGAAAUACCCAUCAAUGUAAUGGCUUCCAUCAAUCAGUUGAAGUCAUUAAAUGUUUCCUAUAAUCUUAUAGAGGAAAUAAAUCCUUUAAAUUUUAAAUAUUUCGAAAAACUUUCACAAUUCUAUAUACAUCACAACAAUUGGAAUUGUUACAAUCUACAAAUGCUUAUGGAUAUGGUAAUUAAGCCACUACAAAUCUCCUACACACGUGAUGAAUACGAUGACAACUUUCCGGGUGAAUAUAUACAGGGUAUAAAAUGUCUCUAUCGUUUGGAACAAGAUGAUGAGUAUUAUGUUGACUCUCAGCAAGAGGAAACUAAAAGUAAAGAGAACUUUGAUAUUUCCCCAUCUUCUAUACAGGAAUACAAUCGUUUAAAUUUUGAACAACAAAAGGAAUUGCAGAAAUUAAGACAUGAAUUUAAGGUGAUUUUUAAUCUUUAUGAACAAAAGUUUGCUCUAGUUUUGAAUAAACUUAACGAUAUGGAUGCCAGACUUAAGGAAUUUGAACGUUUUAAUCAAACUUUAUGGAAAGAUGUAUCCAUAGUGGUUUAAAGAUUAUGUUAUAACAGUAUUUUUGUAUAAAUUGUAUAUUUCCCCCAUUAACCCCCCAAUAUAUAUAAUAUUAAUAAACUAAUAAAUAUGUAUUUUAGUA